AUGGAUUCUGAAGAUGAGCCCCUCCUCCCGUCCUCCCGCUCCCCCGACCCCGGCACCUGCCUUGAGUCCCGGGCACCCCCGCCCCAGGCAGUUUAUGCUCGUGCCAAGGCCCGCACCGCGGAGGUGCUAGAGUCCACCCCGCUCCACUACCUCGUCCUAACCCUCGUCCUCGUCGACACCGCCUGCGUGCUCGCCGACCUCGCCUACUCUUUCCUCUCCCCGGACUGCGCGCCCGUCGACGGGCCCCCCGAGCCCGGCGACGGCGGGCCCGCGUGGCUCGCCGCGCUCGCCGCGCUCUCGCUCGCGAUCAACGCGCUCUUCGUCGCCGAGGUCCCCGCGACGCUGUGGGCGCUCGGGCGCGCGCACUACGACCCGCUCGCGGCGGGCGCGCCGCCGCACGCGGCGCUGCACCUGUUCGACGCCGCGGUCGUGCUCGCGACGUUCGUGCUCGAGGUCGUGCUGCGCGGGAAGGAGCGCGAGCUCGCGGGGCUGCUCGUCGUGCUCCGGCUGUGGCGGCUCGUGAAGCUCGUCGGAGGGAUCGCGGUCGGCGCGGGGGAGAUCGGGGAGGAGCAGGCGAAGGAGCUCGAGGAGACCCGGGAGGAGCUCAAGAGCACGCAGGCGGAGCUGGAGGGCGUGCGCCUGGAGAACCAGCAGCUGCGGUUGCGGCUGGCGCAGUAUGGCGGCCAGGAUCAGGACGGGGAGUAG